UAUCAAUGUAAAGUUUCAUAAUAUCAGCAUUUUUUUAUAAUUUUUUACUAAUAAUACUUUAUCAAACGUUGCUAUAUAUUUUGAAAGAUACUACAUAUAUAACACUAAGGUCAAACUAGCACAUCGACAUACAUGUACAAAAUAGCACUAAGGUCAAUUAUUUUAAGACAUGAAAAAUAUAUUAACGAAAAAUAAAAUAGAAAAACCGCGUAAAUACGGUAAAAUCCAUGUGGGCAAGAGUCCUAUAUAAACACUUAGCAUGCUCUCCUCCCUCAUUUGCCCCUUUCUCUCUCAUUUCUCUUCUGUCUUCUCAUCACUUGAUAAGUACACCACAAACCCCUCCUCCAAAAUCUCUCUUGAACAGAAAAAAAAAAAACAAAAUUUCUCCUAAAACACAUCAAAUUAUAAACUCCCACAUCACAUACACCAUCCAACCGCGAUGAUUCUAAUGAGCAACAACAUAAGCGGAGUAGGAUUAGAAGUUGUAAGCGGAGGAACAAACGGUAGUAGUGGUGACGGCGUUGGUGAUGGUGGGAUUAUUUUAAAGAAGGGGCCGUGGUCAGCAACCGAAGACACGGUGCUGAUGGAUUACGUGAAGAAAAAUGGAGAAGGUAAUUGGAAUGCGGUGCAAAGAAACACCGGACUUCAACGUUGUGGUAAGAGUUGUAGGCUAAGAUGGGCUAACCAUCUCCGACCCAACUUGAAGAAGGGUGCCUUCUCUGCUGAUGAAGAACGCCUUAUCAUUGAUCUUCACUCUAAGCUUGGUAACAAGUGGGCCCGCAUUUCUGCUCAUUUACCGGGUAGAACGGACAAUGAAAUCAAGAAUUAUUGGAACACAAGGGUAAAAAGGAGAAUAAGACAAGGUCUUUCACUUUACCCAAAUGAUCUCCCAUCAUCUCAACAACAACAACAACAACACCAAUUUGAUCAUCAUUCAACAAACGCUCUUUCUCUCUCUCUUCCCAAAACUCCACCUCCAACUCUCUCUCUCUUCAACCCUGUUUCUCUCUCCUCCCCUGUUCUCUCUCUCCACCAUCCUCCCCCUCUCCUCCCUUCCCAACAUCAUCAUCACUCCCUCAAAAGAUGCACUUCAUCUAAUGACUCCUUAUUCAUGGGUAAUCCUGUUUUCUCCCCCUCUCAUAUGGGUCCCCUUUCGGCCGGGUUCGGCUACGAUCCUGGCUUUGGGUUCGGUGGACCCGGUUUCGAGCUCCCUUCAAUCCGAUUAACCCAAAAUGAUCAGAGUGGUGGUAAUGUUUAUGUCAAGGUGGAAGAAGAUGAUCAAGUGAAGGUUAAUAAUAAUAAUAAUCCAAAUGUUGUGGGUCGGACUAAUAGUGGGUUGUUGGAUGAUCUUUUGCAAGAAUCUCAUGUUAAGGUUGGUGUUAAGAGAGAAAGAGAAGAGGAUUUUGGGCUUCACUGGGAUAUUUCUACCUCUGAGAAUUCCUCCAAUGGAAUCAAGAAAGAAAAGAUGGAUGGUCAAGAACAAAAGAUGAACUUCAAUAGUCAAGACUUGUCAAACAUCCUUGAGCUGAUCCCAACGCUUGUCCAGGCUCCUUCAUGGUGUAACGAAGGCGGUGCAGAAGGCUCGGCCCCUCAAUCUUCUGCUGUUAGUAUUGAUGAUAAUUACAAUGGAUUCGAUGAUCAAAUGCCGCAACCUCCAUCUUUUACUGCCGUGGACAAUACAAACUAUGAAGAAGAUGAUGGCAACUGGAAUCCUGAGUCCUAUAAUUGGGAUAACUUGCCUAGGAUAUGUUGACCGGCCUUAAUGAUUUGCUGAAUUAUUUAAACUUAAUUAUGAAAAAUUGUUUAAGGAAGGGAUUAGAGAUCAAAUGUUGUUUAAUUUGUAGUUGGAUUGUACUAGAUCAUAGCUCAUUUGUUUCAGAAUUGGAGUGCAUAAUGCCCUUUGACAA